GUCAGCAGACCAGCCCUGCCGUUUCUUCUAUCUUGUCUCUCUCUCUCUCUGAGCCAAAUGAGUAUGUGUGUGUGUGUGUGUGUGUGUAUAUAUGUGUGUGGAAAUAAAAACACACCCUGCUACCAUUGCUGCUACUGAGCCUUUCUGACAUUGGGCUCUUUUUUGGGGAUUGAAACCAUCUUCCAACAUAUUGGAUUUAUCCUGCGGAGUGACUUUUUUCAUUGAGGAUAUUAUUUUUUGAUUUUACAUUUUUGAAGUAUUGCUUUGGCAGUAGGAAGUUAAGCAUGUGAGAAGAAGUGGGCGUCAAGCACGGGUUUUGUGAAACAAGAGCCAGGGAGGCGGAGUGCUAUUGCAGCACUGAAGAUUCUGCUUCCAAGCCACUAGGCUGGAUACGUUAUUCAUGCUCGGGCCAGGAUUGAGACUACAGGAUCCCAGGCUGACUACAGGGCCGGACUUCAGAACCGAACCGCCCUGGAUUUGAGCCCACAGUACUGCAGGCAGACAGGGCUCAGUCUGAUUUGUGGUCUUAAUGCCAUGCCCGGUCUGCCCCGGGAAAUAUGGGAGCAGUUAAAUUCUAAAAGAGGACUCUGCGUUAAAAUCAAAAGGGCAUAACUAGGCAUUGCAACUUAAAGUGCAACAAAAAAAGGAUUUUGCAUGUAGGCAUCUUGCUUUUUUCUGUUCUUUUUGGGGUUAAAUAAUGCACUGAAUCGCAUGCCUACACAGGAGACAACUGCCCAAGGUCUGUCUGAAAGCAGAGGGGCUUUCUUUACAGGUUUAUCUACCAUGGCAAAGCCUUUGAUUGCAUGAACUGUGGACACUGCAAUACAAGACAGGAGGUCAGCGGUACAAACGAGGAUCAGUUCAGCAAAUACCAGUUUGGUCAGGAUAUAAACAAAGAGAGCCCUAUGACAAGACGGACAAACAUCUUCUGAAAGAAACGAAAGGGGAGCUUAAAACCCUAUUGGAUUUUGGGUGGCAGCAGAGGAUUAACCGGCAUUUCUAAAUCAGGGCUACAACUGAAAAGAAGACAUUAGCAAUGGCAUGCAAAUACAAGUCCAUCUUUGCCCUUUUCAUCAGAGUUGGGCUCCUGCUCGGCCUGGCCAAUCCAUUGGUGACCUCAGCCUCCUGCCCUUCACAGUGCCGGUGUGAUGGGACUUUCAUCUACUGUAAUGACCGGGAUUUGACUUCCAUCCCCUCGGGCAUCCCAGAGGAUGCUACAGUACUUUUUCUCCAGAACAACCGCAUCAAAAGUGCAGGUAUCCCCACGGAUCUGCGUCGGCUAAACAACGUUGAAAAGAUCUACCUGUACUGCAACAACCUGGAUGAGUUUCCCACCAACCUGCCACUGAAUGUCAAGGAACUUCAUUUGCAGGAGAACAAUAUCCGGAUGAUCACACAUGCCUCCUUGGCACAAAUUCCCUUUAUUGAGGAAUUACACCUUGAUGACAAUUCAGUGUCAGCAGUCAGCAUCGAAGAGGGUGCUUUCAGGGACAGCAACCAUUUGAGACUGCUGUUCCUGUCACGGAACCACCUCAGCACGAUACCAUCCGGUCUACCAAUGACUAUUGAGGAGCUUCGCUUUGACGAUAACCGUAUCUCAUCUAUCUCUGAAGCCUCUCUGCAGGAUCUUAUAAACCUGAAACGACUAGUUCUGGAUGGUAACCUCCUGAACAACAGAGGCAUUGGGGAGAUGGCCUUAGUGAAUUUAGUCAACCUGACCGAGCUUUCAUUGGUACGGAACUCCCUUACGUCCCCACCUGCCAACCUGCCGGGCAUGAGCCUGGAGAAGCUUAAUCUUCAAGACAACCACAUCAAUCAUGUGCCAGCAGGUGCCUUUGCUUUUUUGCGACAGCUGUACCGCUUAGAUUUGUCAGGCAACAACUUGAGCAGCCUGCCAAUGGGGGUAUUUGAAGAUCUGGAUAACCUUACCCAGCUGCUUUUGCGCAACAACCCCUGGUACUGUAACUGCAGGAUGAAGUGGGUACGAGACUGGCUGCGAACUCUUCCAUCUAAAGUCAAUGUACGUGGCUUUAUGUGCCAGGGCCCUGAUAAGGUCAAGGGGAUGGCGAUCAAGGAUCUAACGACAGAGCUUUUUGGCUGCUCUGAAACAGAGUUUUCACCUACAUUCGAGACCAGCACGGUUUCUAACACUAUACCACCUUCUCGACCCCAAUGGCCCACUUAUGUAACUAAAAGACCUGUGGUUAAGGGCCCAGAACUGGGUAGAAACUAUCGUAGCACAACACCGUCCAGUCGAAAGAUCAUCACGAUAAGUGUCAAAUCCAGUAGCGCUGAGACAGUGCACAUUUCUUGGAGAGUAUCUCAGCCUAUGACGGCCCUGAGGCUUAGUUGGCUAAAGCUGGGUCACAGUCCUGCUUUUGGAUCCAUAACCGAGACUAUUGUGCAAGGGGAGAGAACAGAGUACCUGCUCACAGCUCUAGAGCCUGAAUCCUCAUAUCGGAUAUGCAUGGUUCCCAUGGAGACAAGCAACAUUUACCUGUCAGACGAGACACCUGUUUGCAUAGAAACAGAGACUGGCUCUCUCAAAGCGUACAAUCCCACCACAACCUUGAACAGGGAGCAGGAGAAAGAGCCUUACAAAAAUUCCAAUCUGCCUUUAGCUGCUAUUAUCGGAGGGGCUGUGGCCCUUUUGGCCAUCAUCAUGUUGGCCCUGGUGUGCUGGUAUGUCCAUAGGAAUGGUUCCUUAUUUUCCAGGAACUGCAAUUACAACAAAGGUCGCAGGAGAAAAGAUGAUUAUGCUGAAGCUGGGACAAAGAAGGACAACUCCAUUUUGGAGAUUAGAGAGACCUCUUUUCAAAUGAUACCCAUAAAUCACAUGCCGGUGUCAAAGGAGGAGUUUGUGAUACACACAAUUUUUCCUCCCAAUGGCUUAUGCCCCUACAAGAGUCCACACAGUGACAACAGCAUCAACAACAGAAGCUAUAGAGACAGUGGAAUACCAGAUUCCGAUUACUCUCAUUCAUGAUAGUGUGCACGGAUUACAUAGACAUUGUAUUGUGAUUGAGUGACUCAAAGACUGCUUGGUCUUUUGCAAAACACUGGAUUGAAAAGACUGAGUAAGCAUUGUCAUGUACAUUUGCCAUAUAAUUUAUAUUUAAGGACAAUUUAAUAAAAGGAGAGAAGGUUCCAAUUGCAGGCAAUCACUGAGCCAUCAGUGUAUGCUGCCACAAACUGCAAUUCUAUAUUUUAGAGAUUUGUAGUAAUUUGUACUGUACUUCCUUUACUUAUGGUUUUAGACCAAUUAAAAAACGUUGUGCUCUACUGAGAUAUGAGGACUUGUCAACUGUGAAAGUGGGUUUUCAUUGCUGUGUUGAACAAUCAGAUUUUAGAAAACCAUGUAGUAUAAGCACAGGUCAAAUUAUGUUGCUGUCAGUGGAAUAAAAAACUACAAAAAUGACUGCAGAAAUAUGGGCAUAGUUGAUCAAAGGAAUGAAAGACAAAAGUGUUUAAUUAUGUGUAGGGUGGCCACACACUUACUGUGGUAUCACAGAAACCUUUGGGUAUUGUUACGAAUCCUGAUUGCCCAUUUUAGAAUGUCGACAGGCUUUACAUCUCUGCAGUUUUUUUUAAGGAAUGAGAUGUCUAUUGCUUCCUCUCUGGCCUGGAGAGGCAGCAACACAGCACAGAAUCCUAAAUCCUGUGCCUCAGCAAGACGGUUCUGCCCCAGCACAUAGCAAACGAAGCACACAGAUCAAAUGAAAAGUAACUUUUCAGUCAAAUCAGUGUGUACGGGUUAAACACAGGAUAAAACUCUAUAUCGCCCAUUCAAGUGUGCAAGUGGAAAUAACAUUAACCGUAUCCCUCAGUAAAGUUAACCACUUGUCAUUGUAAACGUUGCCCUCCAAAAUGAACAUAUUCUGGGCAGAAAUAUAUAUGGCAAGAAACACAUUUGGGCUCUUUUUUAUUUGGAAUAUAAAGUGUCAACUAUUUUUUUUGUUCAUGUAAUUCUUAUUUGUAUUUUUUUCCUAAUUCAAGCCACUUUUAAGUUACCACAGUUGAAAGUUAAUUGUUCUUUACAAUUGAAGACCAAAGUGCAUUGUAUGCCCUUUGGCUAGUCUUGUAUGUGCCUUGAUCCAAUGCUUAUUGUAUUUAGCUUUUUCAAAAAAGUAAAUCAGUGACUUAACUUUUUUCAUACACACUUUAAUAUGAUAGGAUACUGGUCAUAUUGCAAAAUAAAAGUGGUUAAA